AUGGACGACAACACCCUCAAGGCAGCGAUCCGGGCGAUUAUGGACGACACGGACGUGCCGCCGAACAAGCGGCUCGACCGCUUGACCACUUUCUUGAAAGAGAAUGGUUUGGCAUACUCCACGAUGUUGUGCCCCAACGACUUCCUGGUCCAUCCCCACAAUAGAGGAGGGGCUAUGAUCAAUGCACUGGACGUGCAUGACAAAGGCCAAAAGAUUCUCGAGUUAGGAUUCAGAAGGUCUCUUCUCACGGAUUCGAUUUGUUUCGAAUUGAGCCCGCAUGAGACCCAACGGCGGGUGCAAGUGGAGGCGAACGAGGCCCUUGUACAGAAGUCUUCGGGCUUGCUCGCCCCACUCCAGGGAAGCGAGCGGUAUAUGACGGUGUCCUCCAGCCACACCACCGCCUUUUUGAAGGCCUCCCAGCACCGGUGCAAAAGGCCAGGUGCUGCUGGCGGCUUUUUGAACCUCGAGGACGAGGCCCUCAAAGAGGCGGUCUCGAAGGGAUGGCCCUGGCUUGUCCUUUCUUGGCGAGCGGAAUUUCUGGUGCCAACCUUGCCAGCCUUCGUCCAGAUGGUGCUCAACAGUGUCCACUCUGUCGGACUCGGCAUCCAAGAAAUGGAAGCGGCUCAACAGGUUGCCCUGCUGGUCUCCUCCGGUCAGAGCUUCAAAGAUGCCAUUCAGUCUGUCAAGGCUUCGAGACCCGCCUGCCACUCCUACAUGGAUUUCGUGGGGCUGUACGUGCAAAAGUUUGGGGGAGGACCGGACUUCCCCCUCAUCAGCUUCUUGUCGGAUUUCUGUAAGGAGCUGAGUAUCACAGUGUGCAUCGGAGAGGAACUGUUUAAGGCGGUUACCUCGUGGGACUUGCAGGAGGCAAGUACCCAAUUCCCGUUCCUCAGGGCUAGCCUUCUUGCAUGCCAGCUCACGAGCCCCAAGAUUGUAGACGGAACGGCCCGGUUGCUCGUGAAAUCGGACUUGGACAGGCUGAAAGGUGCCAAUCUUCGGCAGAACCUCUUGAAAGCCGAGCAGAUGGUGGCUCAUGCCUACCACGUGUACGUGGAUUCCGGGAAGACAACCGUCGUUCAACGAGCUUUGGGGCUCAUGAUGGUUCGCCUGAGCUUGAUCUUGGUCAAGAAAGAGAAGCUGGGCCGCGAGAAGUUGGAGGUGUAUCGUAGCCCGGAGCACGUAGCCCAGCUCUUUGCUUCAGAAGCCACGAACAGUGCAGCUUCUGCCAGUGCGGCAAAAGCCGACGGGAAGGAUUCAGAGGAGGAGCCGGCCUUGGACCUCUUGGGUGGCUUGAGUGUAGGAGAGCAGGCUUUGUUGCAGAACAAGCACUUGAAGAAAGAUGGCAGAUACGUGCAUGCCGACUACCCAGACAAGAUCUUUGUUUUCACGGGUCUCGAAAACGACGAGGCCCAAUUCGUGCACACCCCCCUUUAUGGCUCCCCCGAAACCGUCUUGGUGCCCCCUGACCUUUUCCGCAAGUGGAAGGCGACGAGGCUGCCACUUCCCAGGGUUUUGGCAAAGGAUGCAGCCGAAGGGCUCAUGUAUGGAAAGUCUUCCGUUUUGGCCGAGGCCGAGUUGCUUGCCGAGGCCCAACAGAUGCUCUUCAAACUCUACCAGGAUCACAACUCCGGCGAUUCGGCGGCCUUGGACAUCGUGACCCCCACGAACAUUUACACUUCAAUCAGCUUCCCGGCUCAGAAGCUCAAGCUCGUCCCCUUGGCAAUCUUGUCCAAGCCGAAAGAUGCUUCGAAACUCACUUUGUUUGUGGAGUGGAAAGGUGCCAAGUUUCAGUUGUCCCCGUGGCCACAGCUCAAAGACUUCGACGAGACUAUCGCCUUAAGCAGGCCGAAGCCCACGGAAGUUAUCGUGCCUUUCUACUAUGUGAAGACGACGUCCAAGGAAGAGGAUGUGAGCAUGACGAUUUCUUGGAAGACGUUGGAUGGGAUGAAGCUUCCCAUGCUCACGAAUGUGAAGAAACUUUCGGCCCAGUCUAUCUUGUUGCAGGCCAGCAAGGACUUGCUGGAGAAGAAGGAUGGGCAUGGCUCCAGCAGCAAGAAGAGAAAGACGACGUGUAGCCUGACCUCGUCCCCUGGGCUGCAGCAGCUGAGACAGGGCAGGGAGGAUGCAAUCGCCAAGGCAAUCAAGGAAUUCGUGAUGGUGGACGGUCUCCAGAUCGGCUUGCAGCAGAAGCACAAGGCGAGCACAGAUCUCUUAGUUCUGAUGGAGUCGGAUACCUUGGACAAAGUCUUCACCAAGAUCACUGAGGAUGCAGAUCCGGAAGAAAAGCGCCGUUACAAGAGACGUAGGGUCGCUGAGAAGAAGGACUCCGACGAGCCGAGUGAUCAUUCGGAUUGA